AUGAUCGAGGCAACAUAUUCGCAAGGUACAAAAGCUAGGCCCUCUGGAACAUCGAAUGAUUCAACUCCAUCAGCUUUGAACAGGAUCCUUCUCCUCAACUCUGAUGUGUCGUUCGACAUCAGAUCGGUGCUUGCGCCUCUUAGCUCAGCACAAAAUGUGUCAAUCGAUCGCUGGUCUUUCAUCGACUUUGCAACCGGUUCUCUCCACUACAAGAGCAAUGGAGCCGGCGAAACCUAUAAUCCAUCCGCAGGCCAAGCAUCAACCACCGAAUUCGACACUAGCACUUCUUCCAAUAUAGAAUUUAAAGUGCUCGGGACGACAGGCCUUGACACCUGCACAGGUCUGAUCAUCGUUUCCCGGAAAUGCUGCGUCGUUGCACAAUUCUCAUCUGGAGGUCUGAGCACAGUACUCGGAGGCAGUAUCAGCGAAACGCCCUUGGCAACCGCAUUUCGUCGCUUUGUCCUCGAAAGACGACAUCAUUUCGAAGGCACCACGCUCGCUGUGAUUUUCCGACCCAGUCGUGUAGUGCAUCGGAUGGGCUCGCAUCAACCACGAGAUUCAGCGACCGGCGAGAGUGUAACGAGAUGGGCUUUCGUUCCCAUUGAAGCGAGAAUGGAUGAGCAUGACACUACUGGUAUCUUCAACGACAUCCUCAUUCUCACCAGCAUCCUCACAGGUUCUGGACUGCCACGUCAGAAUGUUAGAAUGGUCACCGAGUGUCAUCCUUACUCUGGGAGAAACGGACCAGGUCAUACUUGUCUUCUGGUCGAUGGAAGGUCGAGUCCGGGCGCUUUUCCACAAUUGUAUGCGAACUUGUACGAUUCAUCGAGCGGGCGAGAAGUACGUAGUCAGUCGAUUUACAUGCCAAUGUCAGUGUUAUGGACGCGAUAUCUGACAUGA